AUGUCUUCUACUUCUGAUAAACGUGACGUGCAGAUAUCCAAAUCGCUCUCAUAUUUACUCCGCCAUGGCGCCAUCAAAGAGAAACUCAAUAUAGACUCUAACGGUUACAUACCGUUGAACGAUAUUCUUAACCACAAUCGAAUCAAAUCGCAAAAGACUUCGUUGGAAGAUAUUAAGAGAAUUGUAGAAAACAAUGACAAGAAACGAUUUUCAAUCAAGACAGACGAAAGCGGUAAAGCGCUUAUAUGUGCAAACCAAGGACAUUCAAUUACUGCUGUGGUAGGAGACGAAGCAUUACUUCCUUUAAAAACUAAAGAUGAGUUCCCACCUGUAGUAAUUCAUGGCACUUACUUGAAAAAAUUACCAUUGAUUUUAGAGUCCGGUGGACUUUCUAGAAUGAACAGAAAUCAUAUUCAUUUCACAUACGAUGAGUCUCCAGAUAAGGUGAUCUCCGGUAUGAGAACCAGUUGCAAUGUAUUAAUAUAUAUAGAUAUCGACAAAUGCCUAAAAGAGGGGAUUGAAUUCUAUCGCAGCUCUAAUAACGUUAUACUAAGUUCUGGGAAUGUGAACGGAUUUAUUCCAAAGGACUUAUUUUUAAAAAUAGUCGAUAGGAGGGGCACAAUUUUAAACUAG